AUGCCACACCAUGAGGAGAACAACUUCAGUGCGCCGGCGGAGGUGCAGGAGUUUGAGGCGUUGUUGUUUGAUAUGGACGGAACGAUCAUUGACUCCACGGAAGCUAUCGUGAAACACUGGCAUCAGAUCGGCAAGGAAAUCGGUGUGCCCGGAGAAGAAAUUCUCCUCACCUCCCACGGCCGGCGCUCCAUCGACGUCCUCGCGCUCCUCGCCCCCGACCGCGCCAACUGGGACUACGUCUGCCUCGCUGAAGGCAACAUCCCGAAGCUCUACGGCUCCUCCAUCGUCGAGAUCCCCGGCUCCCGCACGAUCCUCUCGCAACUCGACGCCGUCGGCGCGCCGUGGGCGAUCGUCACGUCGGGGACCCGGCCUUUGGUGCAAGGCUGGCUGGAUGUGAUGAAGCUCGCGCAGCCGAAGAAUAUGGUCACGGCCGAGGAAGUCGUGCAUGGGAAGCCGGAUCCGGAGUGUUAUCGGAUGGGGGCGAAGAGGCUGAAUUUCGAGGGGGAGGGGAGCAAGGUGGUGGUUUUUGAGGAUGCUCCGGCCGGGGUGAGGGCGGGGAAGGCGGCGGGAUUUCGGGUCGUGGGGUUAGCUACGACGCAUGCGGUGGAGGCGCUGAGGGAGGCUGGCGCGGAUUGGAUUGUGAGGGAUAUGAGGAGUGUGGUGUUUAAGGGGUGGGAUGGGAAGAGGGGGGUUGUGGAGGUGGAGAUUCGGGAGGGGUUGGUGGUGUGA